GCUCAGUCUCUUGGCACUCAGCCUCGACUGCUCGCUUUCCAGAGUUUGGCAUUUAACCUUUUUUUGGGCUCGACGUUGGUCAUGGACGAGAUGGUGGACUUUUGCUUUCUUCACCUCUAACAGUCGCCCGCUGUCUUCAGAUUGUUCUCAAAGGGAUGGGAGCCGGCGCCAUAACCAUGUGUAACAACAAAGCUGCUGUCCGUCUGAAGGAGGACAUGAAGAAGAUUGUCCAACUGCCUCUGGUGAAACCGAAGGAGCUGCGGCACAGGAAACUCUUUGGCGUUGGUCUCUUGGAGCUUAACCAGCAGGGGCUUAUGAGAGAUGGCAUUCCAGCUGUGGUGCACAGCUUGGUGACGUACCUGAAGGAGAACGGAUUGCAACAGGAGGGUCUCUUCAGAGUGAAUGGGAAUGUGAAGGUGGUCAAUCAGCUGCGGCAGAAGUACGAGAGCGGAGAGGAAGUGGACCUAGCUCAAGAUGGGGACGUGUGCUCGGUCGCCAGCCUCUUGAAACUGUUUCUACGAGAGCUGCCUGGGGGCUUAAUUCCCACCGCAAUGCAGCCAAGUCUAAAGGAGCUGUCUGAGGGCCCCAGUGACGAGGAGCAGCUAAAGCAAGAUCUAAAGGAAUUUAUGAGAACAUUGCCUAAUGACCAUUACAAUCUGUUGAAAUACCUCUGUGGCUUCCUGAAUGAUGUGGAAAAGGAGUGCAAGCACAACCGUAUGAACGUGCACAAUCUGGCUACGGUAUUUGGACCAACUCUUUUAUAUGUCUCUUCAGGCCUGGAAGGAAUGAAGGAGCAGGGUAUCUGCAACAAAAUCAUGGCCAGGUUGAUUGACGGCUAUGGUGCCAUUUUUGAGGAGAUGCCAGAGGACAGGAGCCAGAACAUCUGCAGUGUGAUUAUGGUUAAGGAAGUCUGUACCGAUGUGCCACAACAGGACAAGUCACUCGACAGUUCAAAUCCAGAAAUGCCAAUUCCUGCACCAAGAAAGAAAAAAGAAGAGACUUGCAAUCCCCUCCAAGAAGCAAAAGCCACCAAUGAACGAAACUAUGAAACAGUUAUUCCAGUCCCACGAAAGAGAAAGGAAGAGACUUGCAAUCCCCUCCAAGAAGCAAAAGCCACCAAUGAACAAAACUAUGAAACAGUUAUUCCAGUCCCACGAAAGAGAAAGGUUGUCAAAUCAAAGAAUUUAGGUGCCAUCACCACACUUCCAAGGCCAGAGCCGUCAACUGAGGUUCCACAAAUUGGAAUACGGAUCCAGGAAAAGGCCCAGAGAACAGAAGAGAUGGAGCUCCUUGAGAAAGCCUGUCUCAUCCCUGCAGGAGAGGAGCCCCAGAGCAGCUCUCAGGAAGAUGACCGGCCGAUGUCUCCCUUCUAUAUGAGCGGCCAGGUCUCCACACUUGGUAACAAGCCUGCAUCCGAAGACCUUCUAGAAAGAACAAUCCGAUCAGCAGUGGAGCAGCAUCUCUUUGACGUGCACAGCUCGGAAGACUCUGAAUCUGGGACUCCGGUCUCACCGGCGGGGACAGCCAGGCAGCGGAGACGGCAACUGAAAGAGCAGGAUGAAGCCCGGAGGCAUCGAGACAUGGAAGAUCUCAACAAGGAAAACAUUCCCUCUGCCGAUGACAACCAGCAAGCUUUCCAGGAUGGAGACAAGAAGCAGAGAGACAGCAGCGGGGCUUUCAUUGAAGAAAAUGUAAAGCUGAAGCGACAAAAGUCCACUUCUAAGCUUUCAGAGCUCCACGAGAACCAAGAUGGCUCACUCAUAAUGGAGGGAUUUGGAGCAUCCCGUUUCCAGGAGAGGCCGAGGCAUGAAAAUGAGGACUGUCUGCUAGACGAAAGGAAGCAAGUGCAGCUCUACGACGACUCCGUCUUGUUUUCUUGGAGUUCGGCUAUGAAGAUCCAGGAGGUGCAGAGCAGCUGCGAAACGGUCAGAGCACCGAGGGGCCAGGAGCUCGACGUCUGCGGGGAUGGCCCACUGCCGGAGGUGCCCCGUCUGGAUCUGUCCGAUUUAACGGAGGACAACAACUGGGAAGAUCCAGUACCAGCUUACCCAUCCUGGCAAAGGGACAACGUGGACAACGAUGAAGCCCGCCUCUCUCCGCAGGCUGGAGGGCGCCUUAUCCGUCAGCUUCUGGACGAGGAGAGCGACCCCAUGCUCUCGCCACGCUUUUAUGCUUUUGGCCAAAGCCAGCAGUACCUUGAAGACACAGAAGUGCCGCCCUCGCCCCCUAAUGCGCAUUCCUUCAUGAGCAGGCGAAGAAGCUCCUCUCUGGGCUCCUGUGAAGAUGACCGUGAAGAACUGACAUCUGCGCAGCUCUCCAAAAAGAUACAAAACUUAAAGAAGAAGAUACGCAAGUUUGAGGAGAAGUUUGAAGAAGAAAGAAAAUAUCGGCCUUCCCACAGUGACAAAGCAACAAACCCGGAGGUUUUAAAGUGGAUGAAUGAGCUUGCCAAGUUACGUAAACAGCUAAAAGAGGUGAAAUUAAAAAUCUCUGAGGAAGAUCUGCCUCCUCAAACCCGCCAGCGUAGCAACACUCUUCCCAAGAGCUUUGGCUCCCAACUAGACAAAGAGACUGAGCGCAAAGCAGAGACGACAGAGAAAGCGCCUAAACCCACUGUGGAGUCCACACUGGAAACGGUCCAGAAAAAGCUCCAAGAGAAGCGCGGAGAAGCCAAGAGACCAGAAGACAUCAAGGACAUGACGCGGGAGCAGAUUGCUGCAGAAAAAGUUGCUUUACAAAAGGCUCUUCUGUAUUAUGAGAGCAUCCAUGGAAGACCAGUUAUGAAGAGUGAGCGGCUGGUCAUGAAGCCCCUAUAUGACAGAUACCGCUUGGUCAAGCAAAUCUUGUGCAGGGCGUCCACCAUUCCGGUAAUUGGCUCACCCUCCAGCAAGCGCCGAAGCCCUUUGCUGCAGCCAAUUAUUGAGGGCGAGACGGCAUCUUUCUUCGAGGACAUAAAGGAAGAGGAAGAAGACGGCUCGGAUGACGAAAACGGCUCCAGGACUAGCUUUGUGGUGACUAUGAAGCCCGACUUUGCCGUGCGCAGCUUCCUCGAUCAGCUGGACGAGGAGGUGGACGGCUUCAUCUCUCCUGUUGACGAGAAAAGUCAGUCGAAAAAUAGCCUGGAUAUGCGGCUCUCCAAUCUGCACUCGGCAACCAUGCCUGAACUGGUAGAGCAUUUCCAAGAAGCAAGAGAAGAUAAAAAGAGGCUCCGCAAGAAACUGCGAGACUUUGAAGACAAGUUUUUCCGGCAGAAUGGAAGAAACGUACAGAAAGAAGAUCGCACGCCAAUGGCUGACGAGUACAACGAGUACAAGCACAUCAAGGCCAAAUUACGACUCCUGGAAGUUCUCAUCAGCAAGAGAGAUUCUGUUCGGAUGUAAGCGGGCAACGAGGUCCACUUGGUGCGGACGACUACUGUACCCUCGAUAAAUCCGAGGUCGGCGGCGGUGGAAUUCAAAUGGGCAGAUGAAAGCUGCGACCCUCCGAGUUCAACUUAACGGCUUGCCAGAGGUCCUCGGAUCCUGUUUGCUUUUUAAAACGUGCCAACUGGAAAAGCAACACGUGAAGAUUGAGCAAUUUUUAAACGUUUUCCGCGGAACAUGCACAGACUUCCACUAUUAGUGUAUAUGACCAGCAGGGGGUGCCAUUUCAAUUCCAAGUAUGGCUGACCAAAUCCAAAAUAGCUGGCGUGGGAUCAAUUGAGAGCAAGGCCAGUGCGCCCCCUACAGGACAAGAGAGAGGGAGCUUUUCGAGAAACGUUACGACACGGUGAUCUCGUAAAACACUUCGAUUUAACGCUCCUUAUUCCCCUAAGCAAAUGAUCAUUUUUGAUUUGGCGAGGCUGAUGCUUUAUUUGUUUGCUUUUUAAUGCCAGCUGUUUUAAUUAAGAUGCUUACUGAUGAAAGAAUGCCAAGUAGACGUAACCGACCGCAAAUGCAUGCCCAGUGCCGGCCUUGUCCCGAUGAGCCACUUGCGACUCAAACCUGCAGCACAGUCACAAACGGGCCACCGAAGCCUCGGGGAAUUUUGUCCGCCUGUGUCUUUGAGGGUUUUGUGCACAUUUUAAAGGGUGAAACGGGACGCCACUUGGGAGGAGAUCCUGUCAGAGUGGCAAACCGCAGUCGAGAAUUUAGUUUGGUUUUUGUUGCCGUGAGCGCUUUUGUUAGCUUUAGUUUCUACUUCAUUUCUGACUUACUGACCGAUUUCACAACAUAAAGGGAAUUGUAAUCUUGGUGUUUUAAAAUGAAACGCACACUUUCACUAAAUGGCCUAGAAGUGUUGAAAUCACCAGGGAAGUUCAGAGGGGCCGUGCAGUGUGUGACGCCCCCCAGUGGCAGACAGCGGUUUGCACUUGCAUUAGUGUGUUGGGCCCGAGUUUGUGUCGCACGCACGUGAAUUUUGUUUUUCGUUUUUCUAUUCUACCUAAAGUAAUGCUGUAGCGGUCAAAUUCUCAACCAGUCGGCUUCAUUUAAUUGGUCUUUGAAUGAGCGGCGACUUUUAAAGUGUCCUCCGCCGGUGGUCUGAGUGACGUCUCCUUUUAGAGAAUUUAAGCUGCUAGACGUGAUUCGAUUUUCAAGCCUAUUUUUUCAGAUUAAAGAUUGUUUUCUAUUUUAUUUCUGUGCUCCAAAGAUGAACGAAAUCAUUAGUGAAAUGUUGACAGCUGACCAAAAAUGCCAACGCUGCAUUAUAAGCUUUGUUCAGCCAGGUCUGUGUAAGCAUCGGGUGCGCAAAAAUCUCCAACCUGGUGUGACGAGUGACUUACAGACCACCAGGGGGCGACUUUUAUAUAAAAAGCUACUGGACAAUUUUUUCCUUCCCCGUUUUUUUGCUCCAAAAACUGAAGUUUUUCCGUGACCUGUUGAUGUGUGGAGCCUGCAGAGGGCGCCACUCGAGUGGUCCUCGUCUCCGCACGGUCCAGCGGCCCACUGUCUUCUGCUUUUCAGCUACAAGGAACUUUACAAAGCGGGAGAGAAGCCAGCAGCCCGUCCCGGCUCGUCACUUUGGGAGUGUGGACCCCGAUCGAUGUUUACGUGAUCGUGUGAGACGUCUGAAUAAUCGAAACAAAUCGCUGCCUUGUGUCUUACUUUGUGUUUUUGAAUGUAAACACUGAUGGACAAUUAUGGGUUUGUACAUUUUAGUACAUGAUAACAGCGUUUUAUUUUCUAUAUUAAAUAUAUAUGAGAAAAAAACACAA